UCGCGCCAGCGUACUGUUUCUCUUGGUUUUGGUACUGUCCCUCGCGGUUCACGCGCGGGUUACACGUGCUUACACCACGCGAUGGCUCCGAAAAAUUAAGGACCUUUCUUCUUCAUGCGAGAGCUUCAGAACGAACGCAAGGAACGCCGCCGACCGUGCUCUCGAUUAGGACGCCGUCAGAGAAAAAUAAGUGGGAGAGAGAUUGAAGACGCUAACCGAAGAGAAAAAAUCGCUAUAUGAGGCCAUGGCAAACGACUUAAAGGAGCGCGGAAAAGGAACAUUACAUAACAAGUUCACUUCAGAUGGCCGCAGCAUCGCCAGUGUGUUACAACUGGAGGACGAAAGAAAUCAACAGCGCCGACACAUGAUAAAUAGUAUUCAUCGAUAUGUUGACGAUAUUGGCACAGUCGACGAGAUUAAAAGGUGGCCAUUCUACAUCUUGUCCUUCAAUAUGCUCUGCAAGGAAAAUGGGAUCUACUACCCGCUACAACUUGGACUUGUAGACUACUCAAUUGAGCAAGGUUUCAUACGAGCCUUCCACAAAUUCAUCGAUCCAGGUCCAAUACCUCUUGGCUUUGCAAGUGCUGCAAAAGACCACAGCGAAGCCACGCAUGGCAUCCCCAUCACGGGCUUUGAAGAAGGCACAACCGACUACAGGAGCGUUGUCCGUGACCUGAUGGCAUACCUUCGGCUCCCGAUUGAUGAGGCGAACCUUCCACCUCUGUUCUGCAUGCAAGACCACAUAUCACAGGCUGCCUGUAUUCUGGCUGCCUGCUGUGGCUCGAGGAACAUGGGAGAUGGUGACAAAGAUCGGCUUGCCCUCAACAUGUUCUGCUAUCAGGAGGAAGACACAGCAGAAGUGGUGUUCAGACCCAAGCCUGCCUCUCGCACUCCACAGGCCACUGCACUUACCCGUGGUCAUCGGUGGCGACGGCGGCUCAGCCAUUGGGCAACUUCUUCUACUGCCACGCGGUCCUCAGAGAUGGCGCUUACGAUAUCACCCAUUGCUCCUCUGCUCUCUAAGCAGAUGCCGUACUCGCUUCCAGCAAAGGUGGGCCUUGUGGACUCUCAUUGCUACCUAGACUUCAUAUUCAGUCGAGUGGGCCACUCCGGAACGUAUGCCAAGUUCCGCCUCAACCACAGAGACACUUUUCCAGACUGCUAUGAAGGUUGUGUGGCCAACUUCUGCAACCCAGCAACAUUUAGGCAGGUGCAACAGCUUCUUAUGCGCUGGACGGGUGUUCAUCACGUGCAGAUUUAGCGCCAGGACAAUUUUUGCAAUUACAUUGUGGUGACGUCAACGGGCCGAGACUAGCAGAUCUCGUACCUUGAAGAGCUGCUCCUACAACGUUGGCUGCCACAGGCCAUUGACCUUGUUUUUAAACGAGGGUAUUUAUGCGUGCGAUUCUAAUAAAAUGCGAAUGUUGUUGUAAGUGGUACAAUUGGAUUGCUUUUUCCACACAUGCACUUGAUGUGCAGACCUGUUGCCUCUGUGUUAGGUCGUGGAAUGUGCUCCAGACUGAAAUACAGGAAAAUAGUCAUUUGUGAAGAAUACGUUUUAUAGUUAACUCAUUAUUUAUCAUACCCCUGCUUUUAAAGGGCCCUUCUUGUACAAAGGCUUUGCAACAUGGGGUUGUCCUUAAGCGGUUUGGUGACCGGCCUUUUGCUUCCCACUGUCAUAUUUUAACAUUGCCUCGGGGAUCGUUCUGGCCCUUUGGUAACAUUCUAAUGUGCUUUCUCGUUGCGUUAACUCGAUUUUUUUAUUAAGGGGAUAUGCUACUCAGAAAAACUUUUUCUUGAAUAUUUGUGACAGCUCAAUGAAAUUUUCAUCAUUUACAGAGUUUGAGCUUUUCUUUUAAAAUCUGCUUUUA